AUGGGUUGCUUCAAAGCCAGGCUUCCUGUUCUCUUGCUUCUGGGUUCUGUUUUCCUGGCGGUGGCCUCCGUUGGCCUUGCCCACUGGGAAGAUGAUGAGAACUCGGAAUACCGAGUUUGUGUGAGAAACUGUGUCGUUCAGAGUGAUCCUUCCGUGUAUGCCCAGUGCCCUGCUCACUGCAGGUCGAAGAAGGACCGGCAUGAGGAGAAGGAAGAAGCAGCUGAACGGGACCCACGUCUUCCUGACCCUCGCCGUCCAUGGCGGCCGGGACAGACCGAAGAAGGAGAGGGGGAGGAGACGGAGGAGGAGAAACCUCAGCGGCAAAGAGAGAGGGAACAACAACAACAACGUCCACACCGACAACCUCGUCCAGGAAGAAGGCCACAAGAAGAAGAACAAGAACAAGAAGAAGGUCGACACCGGCAACCUCGUCCAGGGAGGAGGCCACAAGAAGAAGAAAAAGAAGGACAAGAAGAAAGUCCACAACGACAAUCUCGUCCCGGAAGGAGGCCACAAGAAGGAGGACAAGGGGAGAAACAGAAACAGCAACAAGAAAACCCGUAUCACGUGCCCUCUGAUAGGUUCCAAACCCGAUUCGAGAACGAAAAUGGUCGGAUCCGGGUCCUCCAAAAGUUCGAUCACGUGUCCCCACACCUUCGGAUGCUCCGAUACUACCGAAUCGUCGAAUACAGAGCCAGACCGGGAACCCUCAUUGUGCCCCACCACUCCGAUGCCGAGUACCUCGUCAUCAACACCAGAGGAAGGGCCAUAGUUACUCUUGUUCUUCCAAAUUACAAGGAGUCUUUCAACCUAGAGCAAUUUGAUGUUUUGAGGGUUCCCGCAGGGGCCAUAUGUUACACUAUUAACCGUGCCAGUGGUCAAGAUCUUGAGCUCAUCAAACUCGCUUUACCCGUUAACAUUCCUGGUCAAAUUGAGAACUUCUACCCCUCUGGCAAUCAAAUUCCCAAUUCUUACCUCAAAGCCUUCAACAGGAAGACUCUCCAGGCCGCCUUCAACGCCUCGUACGAGGAGAUUGAGCAGGCAUUUUGGGGAACAGAGCAGCAGCAACAACAAGGACAACAGGGUUCAGAAGAAGGAGUGAUAGUGAAAUUGCCGAGGGAACAAUUGAGAUCACUGAUCAGCCGUGCCCAAUCAAGGCAAAGAAGGGAAGAGAAGAGUUCACCAUUAGGUCCUUUCAACUUGAAAAACAUUCAGCCUCGCUACUCCAACAACCAUGGCACCUUACGUGAGGCUCACCCUCAACGCUUCGAAGCUCUUCAAGACCUUGGCAUCGGUGUCUCCCACCUAAGACUCAACGAGGGAUCAAUGUUUCUGCCUCACUACAACACAAGAGCGAUAAUACUGGCCUUCGUUGCUGAGGGACAAGGAGACACUGAAAUGGCGUGCCCACAUUUAGCGAAUCCCGAGGCACAGGAGGGAGAUUGUGGAUGCAGAGCGAUUCGACAGCAGAGGCAGCGGGAAGGAGAAGGAGAAGGACAAGAGCAUAGAGAAGGACAAUUUAAGAGGUUAGCAGCAAGACUAUCGAAGGGUGAUUUUUUCAUAGUUCCGGCAGGUCAUCCUGUAGCUGUCAGAGCCUCAAGGAACAGCAACUUGGAGGUCGUCGAGUUCGUACUUAAUGCCCCCUACAACUUCAGGAGCUUCCUCGCAGGCAAGAGUCAGAAUGUGCUGAAUGAGUUGGACAGAGAGGUGAAGGAAGCGGCGUUUGAAGGGUCCGGCGAACAAGUGGAGAGGCUGUUGAAUCGACAGAGAGAGUCGUUCUUCGUGGAUCGUGAGAGCAACCAAGUGGGGGAGGCAGGUCGCCCAGCCAAACUGGUAAGGUUGCUUGGUCUUCAAUCUUGA